GCUACCGACACUGACGCGGACCAUGAACACAACACGAGUCAUGAUGUCCCACAGUCCGUGAAGGCGUCAAACAAAGCGCGGGUAGAGGAGCCAACAUGGCGGAUCCGGUAUCUGACGGUGAAGUGCAGGUUGUAAAGCCGCCGCCCAAACGCAGACGCAUCCUCGACCCCUCAGCAAUUGUCCCGGUGCCAGUGUACUCCAACAAGGUGAGCAGCAGUCUGCGGCUGAAGCCAAUGGAUCAUGUGUUCACUAAAAAGGAAACCACAGAGGACGCUGCAGACGACAGUUUGUGGUCAUCUCGAGAAACGAAGGUAGCUGCCCUCGUCCUCAGCGACUCGGAGGAGGAAGCAGAACACGUGGGGAACAAAGCAGAACAUGGUGGACUAGAAACCUUUCGCUCUCCGUCUCCUCCGCCGCCCGAGAGUCUGGUCCAGAAACAGUCCAGUCAGGUGAAAAGGAAGAUCAGUGAGAUUGACAGGAGGCUCAAGGUGGUGAACUCCCCCAUGUCUCCGGAGCCACAGAAAAGGUCCAGGCGCCUCCGAGGCUCCCGGACUCCAGCGUUCGAGGAAGAGCAAGAUGACGUUGUCAUCUUAACGAACCCUGACUCGGGCUCAUGUAGUUCAUUGUACAGCUCCUCACUCCACGAGAUCUCCCUCAAGAUCCGCUGCAGAACGGACAUCCACAAGAUCCCUGUACUGUCGUCGACACCUUUAAGCAACGUGUUGGCCCAGCUGUCUGCCAUCCUUCACGUCCCGCCCCCUCGCCUCCUGUUGUUGAGGGAGGACGUCGAGCUGCCGAUAGAUUCCACGGUUGGUGAGAUCGGUCUCGGCAUCGCAGACAUUUUAGAGUGUGUCGUCAUGGCCGCCGACGAUAAAAGCAAAGCAGCCGUUGGCGGCAGCGACGUCAUCACUGUUCGACUGCAGAGCAAAGACAGAGACGCUUCGCAGGAGUUUUCUCUGCACAGAGACGCACCGCUGGGCCCCGUCUUCUCCCAGUAUCUGUCCAGGAUGUCCGGCAGCGCUCAGAGAAAAGUCCGCUUCCACUUCGACGGGUCCAAAGUGACGCACGGCCAGACGCCGGCCCAGCUGGACAUGGAGGACGGAGACAUCAUCGAAGUUUGGAUUUAAGCCUGUAGAUUAAUUGUUUCUUCUAUUAAAUGUAAAACAAAUAUUAAACCUCUGAGGUUUUGCAGUAUUUCCUCUGAGAUUCUGGAGACGUGCAAUGUUGGACUUUCAUUUUUUUAUUUGUGUACCUCAUAAAUUCUAGUUUGAGUCAAACAAAUACAAAAUAAAACCGUCAGAACCGGAUCAGUCGCUGGUGCAAAACGAUCGUAGUGGAAAAGCUGGAUUUUGUGUAGAUUUUAUGUACGUUUUGUUUAGUUCAUUUUUUAAAAGUGACUGAAUUGUAAAUAAUGAAAAUACAGAGAACAGUUGUACAGGACUUGAAAUCACUGUACAGAUGUAAAUUAAUUUUCUGUUUCUGAGACGGAUCAAGAGGAUCUGUCUACACUCUGGUUUCAGCACAUUCACUUCUAAAUAAAUUGAUGGAUUCUCCAUUAAAGGGCCAAGUUCAUAAGUUGACGUCAGUAAAAACAAAUAAAGUUUCAUUUACAGCAA